AUGGAUUGGAUACACAAAUCUAAUCCUUGUGUGGAAACUUCGAAUUUGGCAAAAGCCGUUGUUCCUCUUCAGCGACAGGAGAGACUUGAUUCCCAUUCUUUGCUUACCGAUGUAGAUAUGGACCUUAGAGAAGUGUAUUUCCUGAUUUUGCAUUUUCUUUCUACUGGCCCCUGCGAACAAACCUUUGGCCAUUUGAGAGAUGAAAUUUUGGAAAAAGGGCUUUUGCCCCGUAGAUAUCAUUCUUGGUGGUCAAGAAGUGGUACUUGCAGUGGGCGUGUUGACGAUGAUGGCAUCUCCCUCCCGUUGAGUUAUGAUAACUUGGUAGAGAGGUAUCCUCAUAUCGAAAAGGAUCACUUGGUGAAGCUUCUCAAACAACUAAUGUUAAACCCACCUUUUCCUUCACACAUGAGAGUUGAAGGAAAUACUCCUAAUGCUGCUGAUGUUCCAACACUAUUGGGAUCUGGCACCUUUUCACUCCUGGAUCGUAAAAAUAUGAAGUCUCAGAAAGCUAGGCAUGUUGCGUCAUACUUACGCUGGCCGCAUAUGCAUGCCGAUCAAGUGCGUGGCCUAAGUCUCAGAGAAAUUGGUGGAGGUUUCAGGAAACACCACCGUGCUCCGUCCAUUCUUUCAGCAUGUCACGCUAUUGCAAAACCAUCAACAAUGGUUCAAAAGAUGCAAAAUAUAAAGAGGCUCAGAGGACAUCGUAAUGCUGUUUACUGCGCUAUAUUUGAUCGCUCUGGAAGAUAUGUUAUCACUGGUUCCGAUGACCGGCUUGUAAAAAUUUGGUCAAUGGAAACUGCGCUUUGCUUGGCUAGCUGCCGUGGGCAUGAAGGUGACAUAACAGACUUGGCCGUUAGUUCAAACAAUGCUUUGGUGGCAUCAGCUUCAAACGAUUUUGUGAUUCGAGUGUGGAGGUUGCCUGAUGGAAUGCCAAUUUCUGUAUUGCGGGGACAUACUGGAGCUGUUACUGCGAUUGCAUUCAGUCCCAGGCAGGCGUCUGUUUACCAACUUUUAUCGUCAUCAGAUGAUGGAACCUGCCGUAUCUGGGAUGCUAGGUACUCUCAAUGGCUUCCACGGAUCUAUGUUCCAAGUCCAUUGGAUGCUAGCACUGGCAAGAUCAAUUUCACAUCUUCUAAUGCGGCAUCUACGAGCAAUGCAUCUCAGAAGCAUCAAAUACUAUGUUGUGCGUACAAUGCUAAUGGAACCAUUUUCGUCACGGGUAGCUCUGACAGCAAUGCGAGGGUUUGGAGUGCCUCAAAACCUAACAUGGAUGAUCCUGAACAGCCGACUCAUGAGCUGGAUGUUCUAUGUGGCCACGAGAAUGAUGUCAACUAUGUGCAAUUUAGAUCUUCAACAGCUGAUACUCUGAAGGAAGAUAGUUACCCAAAGUUUAAGAAUUCCUGGUAUUGUCAUGACAACAUAGUAACCUGCUCUCGCGAUGGUAGUGCAAUUAUAUGGACUCCAAGGUCACGAAAGUUCCAUGGGAAAUCUGGACGCUGGAUUAAAGGAUAUCAUCUGAAGGUUCCACCUCCUCCACUUCCUCCACAACCUCCUAGAGGAGGCCCACGUCAAAGGUUUCUUCCAACACCCCGGGGUGUCAAUAUGAUUAUAUGGAGCUUGGAUAAUCGUUUUGUACUUGCCGCUAUCAUGGAUUGCAGGAUUUGUGUUUGGAAUGCUGCCGAUGGUAGCUUAGUGCAUUGUUUAACAGGUCACAGUGAAUCGUCCUAUGUCUUGGAUGUCCAUCCUUUCAAUCCUCGGAUUGCUAUGAGCGCUGGCUAUGAUGGGAAGACAAUCAUCUGGGAUAUAUGGGAGGGUAUACCAAUCAAAGUAUACGAAAUCGGGCGAUUUAAGUUGGUUGAUGGAAAGUUUUCACAAGAUGGGACAUCUAUUGUGCUUUCAGAUGAAGUUGGCCAGAUAUAUUUUCUAAACACGGGACAAGGAGAGUCUCAAAAGGAUGCAAAAUACGACCAGUUCUUCCUUGGUGAUUAUCGUCCCCUUAUUCGAGAUACCAAUGGACAUGUUCUUGAUCAGGAGACUCAGCUUCUUCCCCAUAGAAGGAACCUUCAGGAUCUUCUUUGUGAUUCAAGCAUGAUUCCGUAUCCAGAACCUGACCAGACAAUGUUUCAGCAACGCAGACUUGGUGCAUUAGGAGUUGAAUGGCAUCCUUCCUCGAUAAAGUUUUCUGUUGGCCCUGAUUUUAGUUUAGGUCAAGAUUAUAUUAUGCCUCCUUUGGCAGAUCUGGAUAGAUUGAUCGAGCCAUUGCCUGAGUUUAUAGAUGCUAUGUACUGGGAACGAGAACAUGAAGUUCUGAGUGACGACAAUGAUUCAGAGUAUAAUGCUGAAGUUUCCUCUGAUGGAGCAAGGGCAAGCCCAUGUUCCAACUCUUCAAAUGAACUUGAGUGCAGUUCCGAGGACAGUGACGUUGAAAAUAUUCACGAAAGUAGCUAUCAUCGGAAAAGAAGAAGAAAAAAUCCGAGAGCUGAGGUCGCUACUUUAUCUGGAAGGCGUGAUAAGAGGAUUUUGGAUGAGAAUGAUAACUCGAAAUUUGGAAAUAAGAGAAACACGAACCGGAGAAUUGGUGUGAAGGCUUCAAAAAGAAAAUAUUCUGAUGUCAAGGCAUCACGACCGCAAAGAGCAGCGGCGCAAAAUGCACGAUCCUUGCUUUCAAAAAUUUCUGGAAGCUCUUCAGAUGAAGUUGAUGAUGAUUAUGAUUCAUCCAACAGUGAAUCUGAUAGAAGCAUACCCUCUCUGCAACAGUUGGAAAAACCAUCUCAGAUACUAGAAUCACUUCCAAAUGACAAACAGAAGAAAAGAUUGAUUGUAAAGAUCUCUGUUAAGAAGCCAACAGAGUCUGUGGAGAGCAAGAGAGAUGUAAUGAAUCAAGUUGACUUGGAGCAACUUUCCUCUAAAUCUAUGGAGGAGAAUCACAGAGUGAAUGAUAUAUACUCCAGAGAACCCGGGUCAAGUUCGGUAGAUGCAAAAGGUGCCUCAUGGUGUCAGGAUAUGCCCCAUUCUAUGAAUAGGCCACAGAGGGAAAUGGCCGAGGAUCAGUUGAUAAAAUCUUCAGAUCAGGACCAGAAUAUGUGCCCUGCAUCUGAGAUGAUUGAAGAAGCCCAAACAUUUAAUGGGGAUGAAGGUGUGUCAAGAGUUGAACCAUUGUCGGGUCAGUUAAGACAUUGUGAUGUAGAUACUUCCAUGGAAGCUGAUGAGAUUCUUCCAAAGAAAGUUCGACGACUGAGGUUAAAACUUCGGGCUCCCAGCAGUCCUCUAAAGCUAGAGCCUGAUGAGGUAGCAGAUGAUUUGUCAGAUGGUGGAAAUGUUUUUGCGUCCAUAGCUCCCUCUUCCAUGAAUCCGAUUAUGGAUUCUGAACCUGUGAUAGAUAAUGUGAGAGGUUCUCCUGCACAUGACUUUGAGUUUGGAGAAGCUACAGCUGAUGUGAUACGUAGGAAAAGAUCCAUGAGAUUGAAGGCCACUUCAAGUGAAUCUAGUGCAAGAAAUAGCGUACAACGUGUGAGGCUGGGCUCUGGAUCUGGAGAUAAAGUAAAGAAACAAGGAAUUCCUUUCACAAGCGUGUAUGAUGGUGCAUCACUUGAAGAAUGGCCUUCUACUUCAAAAGCUGGGUCCCGGUCAAGAUCCGCUAGCGCCAGCAAACAAAGUCUCCAUACAGGGAUUAGCUUGAAUAAUGUUGCAAGAAAAAUCUCAUGGUUAAUGUUGUCAGAACAUGAGGAAGGUUGCCGUUAUAUACCUCAGCUAGGAGAUGAAGUUGUUUACUUCAAGCAGGGUCAUCAAGAGUUCCUUGCAACUAGAGAAUUAAAUGACAGGGGCGGUAGAGAUUCAAGGUACCUUCCUCGAAACCUAGGAGCGGUAGAGAUAUGCAAAGUCGAGAAACUCAGCUAUGAUACAUAUCCUGGUUCUGGCGAGAGCUGCUGCAAAAUGACCCUCAGGGUUCUGGAUUCUUCUUCACAUGGCACCCGCAAAGAGUUCCAACUAACACUUCCUGAUCUCGUUAAUUUCCCUGAUUUUAUUGUGGAGAAGACUCGAUACGAUGCUGCAACCAAAACAAACUGGGAGAUCGGUGAUGAAUGCCGUGUGUGGUGGAGAAAUGAAUCCGGUGAAGGCGGUGCUUGGUGGGAAGGUAGGAUUGAGUCUUCGCAAGUUAAAUCCACCGACUUCCCAGAUAGUCCAUGGGAAAGAUACAGAGUUGUUUAUGAAACUGGGGACACAAAUCUUCACAGCCCGUGGGAAUUCGAGAAUCCCCAGUUUCCUUGGGAAAAUUCUACUAUCGAUGAAAAGACGAGAGAUAAACUACUUUCUUUAUUUGCUGGACUAGUGAAGUCAAUCAGCAAGCAUCAGGAUAGUUAUGGAAUCCAAAAGCUAAACGAAGCUGCUCAAAAAAUGGAUUUCUGCAAUAGGUUUCCGGUUCCUUUAUACCCUGAGCUGAUACACCAGAGAGUAGAGAAUCAGUACUACAGAAGUAUAGGAUCGUUUAAACACGAUGUGGAUGCAAUGCUCUCAAACGCUGAAUCUUAUUUCGUUAAAAACGCACAGAUGCUUUCUAAAAUCAAGCGACUCCGAGAUAAAUUCACAAAAACCUUAAGAAAGGUUUCUUCUUUCUGA